AUGAUGUGUUUGAGAAAUACAGAAAAAGAUGUUAUUAUAAAGGCACCUUGGGGUAACAUCGCAGCAUUGACAUGGGGUAAUUCCAACAAUCCCCCGGUUUUGUUUGGAUCUGGACGUAUGAUACCCUGUUCAGCAAUUCGUCCCCUGGUCAUGAGACUACCCCAAAAUUUUUUCUACAUCGCUUUCGAUUUUCCUGGCAAUGGAUACUCCGAUCACCUGCCCAAAGGUGGUCGAUUUACCAUUUUUGAUCUCAUACCCUCUCUUUUGAGGGUAGCUGAACAUUACAAAUAUGAAAAGUUUGCUUACAUUGGUCACUCACUAGGAACGCUUGUCGGUAAAUUCUUCGAUUUAGUAUACCCUGGGGUUAUGACCCGGAUAGUAGACUUGGAUCCGGUACCUGCAUAUGUUACAGUCUUGCCAGAAGGAAUGCCAGCGUGGUACAAAGAAAUAUAUGGCGAUCACUAUGAGGAACGGGCAUACAAAAAGCAUAUCAGUGGAAAAGAAACUGCCCCGAAGUACACUGUUGAACAGGUAAGAGAAAUGAUAAUGGCUUCUUUAGUUGUUCGUGAAGAAGCCGCAAACCAUAUCAUCAACAGGAACAUAGAACCAGCAGGACAAGGAUUGUAUCGAUUUACCUACGAUCAAAGAAUGAAAAGCACAUUCAUAUUACCAUUUACACCUGACAGCCUAAAACAGCUUUAUACUCGAAGUAAAACACCUACCUUGGCAAUAUUCGCUAGCCGCAUGAUUGAAAUAGGGGCUUUUAGUGAAACCCCCUUCGCUUUGGAUGAAAAAGCGUGGGUCAAUGGCAAUUAUAAAUAUAAAAUAGUAGAAGGUGACCAUAACGUACAUCUCGAUGAUCCAGAUUGCAUGGCUGAAGACAUAUCGAAAUUUUUACUGGAAGAAUUUAAAGCAAAACUG